CACUGAUGGUAUUCCAUUUUGUGUGCGUUGGCUGAUGGUUAGAAGGGUCUUGGAUUGGCAGCUUCUCUUUGUCUCCGUUGAUUUUUGAGACAUGUGUGCGAUAGAUGAAUGCUAAGUAAAAGAUUCGUCGGUGUGUGCCAAGAGUUCAGCGAGGUCAACCCCCCAAAAAAAGCAAAAUGUCAGCUAAAAUGCUAGUGUCAAUGUAACAUUGUGAUAGCAAGUUUCGUAUGCUUGUGCUUCUAAAUCCAAACAUCAUACUUGUUUCGGAUGCAGUGCGACCAGCUGCUUUGUCAUCUCUCAAAUUCAAGGAUUUUCGUUUAUUCUUUAUUCCCUAUCAUCAAACAGCAUCAGCUGUAUUGAAGGCCUAAAGCAGUACGCACUAUCGAGGAAGUGGAUCAGUGAGAGGUGACUGAAGUGGCUGGCACGGGCAAGCAUUACCUCCUCUUAUUUGAGCUGUUAUAUUAUGUAAGUCUGUGUAUUAUUACAAUUACAACAUUUACCAUAAAGAUGGUAAGGCCAUUGGUGCGUAGCUGUGUAUAAUAUCGAACGAAAACGGAAUACUGGAAAACAGCAGAAAAUUUGACAGCUCGAUUUUGAACUGUACCACCAAUUGACGAACAUCAACAAAGCAAGAAAUAGCAAUCACUCGUGCACUAAUACACAGUGCAAAACGGAGUUCCUCCUGUCGACAACUGAAAGCCGCGAAAACGUGGAAUCGCGGCGCAAAACACCGUGGGGGUGGUAGCGGAGCCAUUGAAGGAAAUUGCGAGGGAAGGCUCCGCCGGUCAGAGACAUCCACAGUGAAAACAGCAACAAGCAGUAAACGUCCAGCUUCAUCAGCAAAAAUGUCAUCCAGCUGUUGUGGGACAAAAAAGCAAAAACUCAACGGGAGUUACUCAAAUACCAAUGGGCACUGCUCAGGUGAAGGGAAUCGCGGAGGUAGUGGGAAUGGGCCGCUAACUAAUGGUCACAAUGGAUACCUCACUAAUGGCCAUUUGAACGACGCGAGUCUAUCAAUGGCUAGUUCAAUGCCAGAAAUGUGUUUUUAUUGCUUUGAGGUGCUCUAUCGGGAGUUGCACAACCUUGAGGAACCUCAUGCGCCGUCCUUUACCAAUGAUCCUUACCCGUUAUUUGUUACUUGGAAAAUCGGGAAAGACAAGCGUUUGCGUGGAUGUAUCGGCACAUUUAGUGCAAUGCGUUUACACUCAGGUCUUCGAGAAUACGCAAUAACAAGUGCUUUAAAGGAUUCACGCUUCUCGCCUAUUACAAGAGACGAGAUCCAAAGACUGACCGUUUCGGUGUCGAUUCUACAGGGCUUCGAGGAAGCACGUGGAUAUUUGGAUUGGAAGCUUGGCGUGCACGGUAUUCGAAUAGAAUUUUACAACGAACGGGGCUCGAAACGGACUGCCACAUACCUACCGCAGGUAGCCACCGAACAAGGUUGGGACCAAACGCAAACGAUUGAUUCACUGCUGCGUAAGGGUGGCUAUCGAGCAUCGAUUACUCCGGAAAUGCGUCGUUCGAUAAAGUUGACUCGUUAUACGUCACAAGAGUGCCACAUGACCUACGGCGAGUAUCGCGACCUGCUGGAAAGACAAUCGCAGUAUAACCAACCUGGUAAAGUGCAAUGCUAACAACACGUCUUUUAUCUGCCUCCACCACGACCACCACCGCAACUUCAGUUAAAUCAACAAUACCACCAUCAACCACAGCCCUCACAGCAGCCGGUAGCUCCGUACCAGCAUCAGGUGUUGCAAAAUCUACAACCAUCACCUAUCUGCCAUCUGACAUGGAACGGCAACAAUCCGCAACCGGAUCCUGCUGUUUGUGGCUCGUUCUCCUCUUCAUCAUCCUUGUCGUCAUCAUCAUCUUCGUCUCCAUCGUUGUCCUCAUAUUCACCACCUGGAAUGAUCCCUUUCUAUCCCUACCAGCAUCAACAGUUAACCUCAUUGACAACCCAACAAUCACAACAUCAAUACCACCAGUUUCAAACCCCAAUGCAGCAACGGCCACCCAUGCUACAGUCAUUUCUUCCUCCUCCACCUCCUCGGUCCCGUUUCUUUCAGUAAAUCGUCACCAUCGAAAUGGCGGUAAGCGUUGUGAUCCAGGCAGAUAAAAUUUAAAAUUUAAAAAACCAGCGAACUAGUAGAUUUAUUUCGUAGACAGUAUGCGAACUAUUGAUUUUCCACAUCUUCAGUGUGCUCUAAAUUUGAUUACUGGCUUCUAGAGAGUGUAAGGUCUUAUCAAAAUUUUUUAUUUAAAACAAGCGUUUACUGAAUGUUUAUUGAAAUACCAGAUAUAAACUAAAAAAAACUAUGAUAUAAAACGAAAGCAAAAAAAAAAAACAAAUAACGCUAAAAUAUUUUCUCUCAAAAUUGACGAGAAACUUAUUUUCGGAAUCAAUUAAAAAAAGAAUACAAAUAGUUCAGUGCGUCUAGAACUGAUGUGCAAAACAACAUAAAUUAUAAAAUAAGGAACUUGGUUUAUGUAAAGUACCCGUUGCAAAAGGGUACCCAAGAUCAUAAACAUAAUUAAAUGGUAAAGAAUUGACUGCUAUGUCACUAAAUUCCAGAGAUCAUUUCGCUUUUCAUCUUCAAUGCCACCAACCACCACCACCAUUGUGUUUCUCGUGAUGAAGGAUCUAUCUAUAUUGUCCGCUUCAAGUCGUAUAUUGCGAACUGCAGCUAUGUUGAAAAUAAUUCUUCAGUCGUAUCGCCAAAGUUCAAUACUCAAAUCAAGUUUUUUGCCAAUCAAUUUUAAAAGUGUUGCUCAAUUUGUCGUUUGUUCUUUCCACUGUUUAUUAGUCUCAGGAUUGCGUUUAUUUUUCUUCAGCUUAACGCGCUGACCCCAGUCACAUUUUGCUAUGUUGUACUUAAUAACUGAUAGUCAUACGAACAUCGAAUCAGCAUUUUAACAUUCACUAAUUUCUAGUUUCAAACACCAAACUGUAAAACGGCCUUCAUCACGAUUUGUUAGAAUCCUAACUCUGACUACUACUCAUUAUCCGAAAGAAGAUGGAAAUGUACGAUCUUAUCCGCGUUUUUGUGACUUACACUUACGAUUAGAGAAUUUAUUGAUCGGUACCGUAUUGUUUGUUUCAGUAUGCAAACGAAACAAAAGUAACAAAUCUCGUAGAACUUAGUUAGACAUCCGGAAACGAAAAUAAAAACCAGAAAAAAAUGCUUUAAUAAAAAUAAUGUUCAACCACGAAUAAAAAUCGUAACAAAGAAAUAUAAAUAUUAACAAAACGAGUAGAUUUUAAACUUUAAGAAACAGAUUUAUAAGACGUGAAAAUGUGCAUACAAAACUAGAACCUGCCAUAAGCAUGGUAAACGCGUUUAGAAAGCCAACCGUGAAUGUUGAAAUUCCAUUUUAACCCGGUUAGAAGAUCAACAUUUAUUCGUUCUCCGUGGUAUGAUUUCGUUUUUUUUUAAUUUUGGUUUAAAGCUUUGUGCAUGAGACAGCUCCUGUUCUAGCUGGUACAUGCAACUUGAAAUCUGUUGUAGUUAGAAAUAUUAUUUGUAAUUCCCAUGAAAAUUUUUCUAAUAUCGACAAACUCCAAAUUAUAGAACUUGUUUUAGUGCUUAUUGAAUUUUUGUCUCCGCUAAUAUGAGUAAUAUUAAUUGAAUAUUUUCAUAUCACAGAGCGAAAAUAUAUAUUUACCUUUAAUCGUGAAACUAAUG